GGGCGGAUGGAUCUCAGUGUUCCAGAACCUGGAAUGUGGGCCAACUUGCAGGCAGUUACGGACGUAUCGUCUUUCUCUAAACUGCCAACUUGCAACGUCUCGACAUUGUCGCGAUUCCCAACUGGCACCCUGGCUGCCAGGAUAACAUGCCCGAGGCGAGACCACCUCGAUUAAAGGAGAAUGGAGACACUGAAUCUCCGAGCGAGUGACUUCUCGUGGUCCUCGAUUCCUACAGACUGGCUCCGCGCCGAGCUCUCGAAACGCGACGAUGUUGACAGUCGGCCGCAGUGCGGCUCUGGGAAGAGAGGGGAGUACGAUACCGGGCUGCAUGUAUUUGCCCUGUUCCUGAUUCUGCUACUGAGCACCGUGGCUUGCGGCUUCCCCAUCGUCUCCCGCCGACUGACCAAAGGCGGCAAGCGCCAGAAAACCUUGAUCUUCCUCUGUCAGCAUUUUGGAACGGGCGUGCUCAUGGCAACCGCCUUUGUCCACCUCCUGCCGACGGCCUUCAACUCCCUGACCGACCCAUGCCUCCCAUACGCCUUCAGCAAAGGCUACAAGCCACUGGCCGGUCUUAUAGCCAUGGUGUCCGCGCUUGUCGUCGUUGCGCUCGAGUCGUAUCUUACCACUCGCGGGGCCGGCCACUCGCAUUCACACAACAUAUGGGAGGAUGAGUCGGUUGACGAGCGUGAUGGCCUGGCAUCGAAUCUGCACGAGGAAGUGUUCUCUAGCUCUCGGGCCCAUGAGCACCGGCCCGCGAACAUCGCUCUCCACGAUGUGGGGUCCUCGGACGGCUUGGUCGCUGGUGCUUCUCCUCUCCCGGGGGGCACGCCGAGGGUUCAGACACCGCGUGAUGCGGGCAUGAAGGAGCGGGGUGUUGACUUGGGGGACGAUCCCGACCGAGCCUCGUUUGACCUUGAACUCACCCUUGACGAACUAGGCGCAAACGGGCACGACGAUUUGGACCUCCAGACGCAGCCGUUGAAUCAGCAGUCCUUUUGUGCAAAGCCGAGGUCCCAACCACAGCCUUCGGCGCAGAUUCCCAACGCCGAAGAGCAGAAACGCUUGCUCCUGCAAUGCGUGCUUCUCGAGGCCGGCAUCCUCUUCCACAGCAUCUUCAUCGGCAUGGCCUUGUCCGUGGCGACGGGCCCGACAUUUGCUGUCUUCCUGACCGCAAUCGCUUUCCACCAAUCGUUUGAGGGCCUUGCGCUGGGCACGCGCAUCGCUGCCAUCCACUUCCCCAAGUCAUCCCUGCGGCCGUGGCUCAUGGUUGUGGCAUUUGGGACUACAACACCAAUCGGCCAGGCCAUCGGCCUGUUCAUCCACCAGUUCUACGACCCCAUGAGCCAGAUGGGUCUCCUCAUGGUCGGCUUUAUGAAUGCCAUCUCUAGCGGCUUGCUGCUCUUUGCAGGCCUGGUCCAGCUGCUGGCCGAGGACUUUUUGGCGGAAAAGAGUUACACGACGCUGCGUGGUCGGAGGAGGGUGAGCGCCUUCCUUGCUGUCGUAGGGGGUGCGGGCCUCAUGUCUGCGGUGGGGGCCUUUGCAUAGUACUAAUUAUGUUGGAGUAUCACUUUUGGUUGUCACUUUUGGUUGUCGGCAUAGGCAUGGGGUUAGCAUGGACACUGAUAUUAUGCCACUGGCAGUGGCACUGCUCGAGGACGCUUGCACCGGUGGCGUUUUGAAAUUUUACAUCCGUGUAUUUUUCCUGAUGCUCGCAUCAAGGUCUUGGAAAUUGAUUUCGCAUUUUAACGUUCUCUUGGGUUUCCGGUUGUAGUUAACCUUCUGUCAUGGUUUGUUUUGUGUGUUUUGUGACUUGGUCUACGGCACCGGUCAAGCAGUGCUCGCACCUAAAACUAGUCGCCACCCGUAGCUAUUCUCGGG